AUGGCCCUCAGCAGCAGUCUGGACACACAUGCCCACCCAGGCAUCACGGCCAAGGGAGCUCCUGAGGCCAGCCCAGAGCCCCAGGCUGGUGACAGCAGUGCCAGUGAACCUCAGAGGGAGAACAACCCCAACCGUUAUGAAAAUGAUUUAUUAUCAACAGAGGAACGAUGGAGGGGGCGGAGAGGAAAAGCUGCUUAUCCCGCCGCCGCCGCCUUCCCCUUCCGCAGGACGCCCAUGGGCGGCGCUACCCCCAGCCAGCGGCUCGCCCCGCCAGGGCGCCCGGCGCCGGCGCGCUGCCCGUCAGGGGGCACCCGUGGUCGCGCCCUGAGGGACAGCGAGCCCAUCGCACCGCAUGCAUAUUUUCUUUUCACGUUGCAACAUCGGAAGAUGCAUGCGAAGCAUCAUGGCUGUGAAUCAAUGCAUAUGGAAAUGGUUCUUGUUCUCAUUGCAGCCUUGGUUGUUGCCCCGAUUGUGCAUGUUCAGUGGAAACCAAGACACUGUCGAUCAUGCAAUUUAGUCACACUGCUGCAGGUGUGAGUUGUUCCUCUUUAUUUCACCAUCAGACGUUACUGGUGGAGAUCUCUGUCCAUGUGGGGAACGCUCUUCAGUAUUACCGGUUACAUCACUUUCAGGGCAACCCACAAGACUCUCUCAGGAAGAACACCAUAGCUGGUCUACAAAUGGUUCCUCCUGAUCUAUAAACUGCAUUAUUCAGUUGGAAUUGUGAGUUAUCUAGCCAUAAUAUUUACGAUGUUUGGAUUUAAUUUAUUUUUUAGAAUCAAGUCUGAUGACUCUAUGCAUUUUGCCUUGACACUGCUUUUUUACGGACUAUAGUAUGGAGUGAUAGGAAGAAACUUUGUAAAGAUUUGUUCUGACUACAUGGCUUCCAACGUUGCUUUUUACAACAGCAGUGGCAUGCCAACAAAAAAUUUGUCCAAUGACAUCUGCGCCGUCUGCGGACAGAAAAUUUUUGUGGAUAUAAAUGAAGAAGGGAUCAUUGAAAAUACCUAUCAGCUGUCCUGUAAUCAUGUGUUUCAUGAAUCAUGCAUCCAUGGUUGGUGCACUGUUGGCAAGAACCAGACUUGCCCAUACUGCCCUGAGAAAGUUGAUAUGAAGAGGAUGUUAAGUAACCCAUACCCUCUCCCUGACAAGUCACACAUAUCGUAUAGACAACUUUUGGAAUGGCUCCGCUAUCUGGUGGUUUGGCAACUGGUUUUUAUUGGCAUUAUCCAAGGCAUUAAUGACUCACUGGGUCUAGAAUAUUCAGAUUAUUAG